CGUGCAUUGCUGUCACGCUCCGGUCCGGUUUCGGUUGACAGGAAGAGGCAGCGGGAAGGAGGAGCCGCUGCCGUGCCGCUUUGUGUUGUCACCGCUCAAUUUCCUCGUCUCGCCCAGCACUCUCCAGCUCCCAUCGGCUCACUCCUCUCCGCGGAACGGUAAACUUCCACAAACUGACAAAAUGUACCGAUACCUCGGAGAGCUACUCACCCGGGGAGCCGGCAACGUCUUGGCCUCGGUCUGCUCCGCCGCCGCGGACUCUGCGCUGCCAGCGUCCGCGUCCCUGCUGCGGUACCGCGGCUACAGCCAGGCCGUGGAGCGGGACGAUGACCCAAACUUCUUCACCAUGGUGGAAGGCUUCUUCGACAAGGGUGCCGCUAUCGUGGAGGACAAGCUGGUGGAGGACCUGAAGACCCGGGAGAGCCCCGAGCAGAAGAGGAAGCGAGUCCUGGGGAUCCUGCGGAUCAUCAAGCCGUGUAACCACGUCCUGAGCGUCAGCUUCCCUAUCAAGAGAGACAGUGGAGAGUGGGAGGUGAUCGAGGGCUACCGGGCUCAGCACAGCCAGCACAGGACGCCCUGCAAGGGAGGUAUCCGCUACAGCACAGAUGUGACAGUAGAUGAGGUGAAAGCUCUUGCCUCGCUGAUGACGUACAAAUGUGCCGUCGUCGAUGUGCCAUUUGGUGGAGCCAAAGCUGGAGUGAAGAUCAACCCGAGGAAAUACUCAGACAACGAGCUUGAGAAAAUCACCAGGAGGUUCACCAUCGAGCUCGCCAAGAAAGGCUUCAUUGGGCCCGGCAUCGAUGUUCCUGCUCCAGACAUGAGCACCGGUGAGCGGGAGAUGUCCUGGAUCGCCGACACCUUCGCCACCACCAUGGGACACUAUGACAUCAAUGCCAACGCCUGCGUCACUGGGAAGCCCAUCAGCCAGGGAGGAAUCCACGGUCGCAUCUCUGCCACUGGUCGAGGAGUUUUCCACGGCAUCGAAAACUUCAUCAACGAGGCGGCCUACAUGAGCCAGCUGGGGAUGUGUCCCGGCUUCCAGGACAAGACCUUUGUCAUCCAGGGCUUUGGUAAUGUCGGUCUUCACUCCAUGCGCUACCUUCAUCGUUUCGGAGCAAAGUGUGUUGGAGUUGGAGAGAUGGACGGCAACAUCUGGAACCCCAAUGGCAUCGACCCGAAAGAGCUGGAGGACUACAAACUGGCUAAUGGGACCAUCGUGGGUUUCCCGAACUCGACAUUGUACGAGGGAAGCAUCCUGGAGGCCGACUGCGAUAUCCUUAUCCCUGCCGCCAGCGAGAAACAGCUGACGAAGAGCAAUGCACACAAGAUCAAGGCCAAGAUCAUCGCAGAAGGAGCCAAUGGUCCGACCACACCUGAGGCUGAUCGCAUCUUCCUGGAGAGGAACAUCAUGGUGAUCCCGGACAUGUACCUGAACGCUGGCGGUGUGACAGUUUCCUACUUUGAGUGGUUGAAGAAUCUGAAUCACGUCAGUUAUGGUCGACUCACCUUCAAGUACGAGCGAGACUCAAACUACCACCUGCUGAUGUCGGUCCAGGAGAGUUUAGAGAGGAAGUUUGGGAAACAUGGAGGUGCCAUUCCUGUUGUCCCCACAUCUGAGUUCCAGGCUCGCAUUGCUGGAGCCUCUGAGAAGGACAUCGUUCACUCUGGUCUGGCUUUCACCAUGGAGCGCUCUGCACGGCAAAUCAUGCGAACGGCCAACAAGUACAAUCUGGGUUUGGACCUGCGGACGGCCGCGUAUGUCAAUGCCAUCGAGAAGGUGUUCAAGGUUUACAGCGAGGCCGGCCUCAUCUUCACAUAGACCCUCCUCCAUCCACGUCUGUUACCUGUCUGUCUGAUUAUCUGUCACCUGUUUGACUGUUUGUUACCUGAAUGUCUGUUACUAGUCUGACUGUUACCUUUCUAUCUGUCUGUCUGUCUGUAUCUUAUCACCUCUGCAGGAUUUCACUUUUCAAUUGGUAUCCGUUUACGUUCUGCAGUUCAUCUCGUUGCGUUCAUUCCUUCUCUUCAUCACAUCUGUGUACCUUCUUCUUCUUCUUCUGUGAUUUAGAAUACACCUGCGGUUCACAGCUUUAAUGUCCCCUCGCUCGCCUGAAUCGCUGCUCUGCUGCUUUGUGCACAUAUCAGGAGGAAUUAUCUAAAAAAAUAGAAGCCUUAACUUCACAGAGGAACUUUUUACCGUUUGCCUGUGACACACUGAGCAACUAAAAGUAAAUGGACACCAUUUUAAAAAACUCAGAGCUGAAACUGUUUGUACCAAAGAUUCCCAACCUGUAGAGUCACCAGAUUAUUCAUUAUAAGAUAAAAAAACAUACAAAAUAAUAUUGUUCCCCCCCCAUUUUUCCUCUUUUAGUUACCCUUUUCUUAAUUAAAUGGUACUUUUUUCAAGUCCUCAAAUAAAACAAGAAAAGGGUAAAUAAAAUGGAAAAAAAGUUUUUUUUUUCCCUCUCCUUUAUGUAACUUUAAAGUGUUUAAAGGGUUUUAUUUCCAAGUCCUCUAGUAACACACUCUGGUUUAUUUGCUAGUAGAUUAUACAGGGUGACACAAAAAAACCGGGAACUUUUUAACAAUCAUGAAAUUAUUAUGAACAUUUUUAACUAAAACUGCAAUUAAUUAACUAUUAUCAAAAAAUAAUCAGUGAAAUCCAUACAAUGUGUAGAGUAGAGCAAGAAUGAGCAGAUAUUACACCGAAGUGACUUAAAAAAAAAAAAGCAGAUUUGCUAUUAAACAGGGCUGCAGUUAACAAUUUUUUUACGAGUUAAACUGCAGAUUGCUAACCUUUUUUGCUCUUAAUGCAAUAAAAGAAAUAAUAAAAAUGUUUACCCAAAGUGGCUAAAAAGCAGCCAAAAAUCAAAAAUGUUUGAAUUUAACAUUCACUUCUCACUUUAAAAAGUUGAAUUCACAGAAUUUUUUGCUGUUUAUGCUUUUUAAAAUAUCCGAUUUUUUGAUUUACUUCACAGGGAUGGUGCAAGUUAAUAAUCACAAUCGAGGGAGAUUAUUAUGAUUUAAAAUCUAAACAAACGAGUGUCAGUUUGUUGAUAAGGUAUCCACGUGCUUUUGGCCACUUGUUGUACACUUUGUCUCCAGUAGAGCUCAUAUAAUUUAUCUUCUUUUUAUAUAAUACCGUGCAAAUGUGCCUCAGGACUCUAGCUUUAGUAUUUACUGCCUUUGGAUGUGCAAAAGUAGUUUUAUUAAAGGACUAUUCUGUCUAUUUUUUGUGUAAUCUAAGAGCAAUAUCUGCAAAAUCCCAUUUACCCGUCGUUUCCAAAAUCAUCCGUCGGAGUGAUUCCAUUCUCUUCUGCAGAGCAACAAUGAAACGUGGAGUCCCAAAACUUUAAAGCAGAUUUGAGGCAUCUUAACUUCUCCUGUCAAGACAUAUUAAGCUGCAAGUAAUAGUUUAGUCUAUGAAAACAACUACAAAUGUUUUGUUUAGUGCAUCUAAAAGCUCUCGAAUAUUCAUUUUUACAACCAAAUAUGACGAUAAAAGCAGCAGAUUUUCUCCUCCAAAGAUGCAUAAAUCUGGAAAUGUUUGGAGUUUUUGCACAGUUUUUGCUUUGAAAAUGACCAAAACAAUGAUAUUUUUCCUUCGGUCGACUAAUCAGUUGGAGCUAAUCAGUUAUAAUUAAUGUGUGAGCUGCUUGCUAACACAUUGAUACACACUCGCAGGAUUACAGUGAUUCACAAACAAAAAUGUACUCCAAUUGUAGCCUGUUGACUUGAUUUUAAGCACUGAAUGGAUGGUUAAAAUGAGUCCUUCACAUGUUGUCAAAUCUCUGUGAGUUUGCCUUAAACGUCUGAUGCUGAACUUUGUCACUUUCCUUCUGAACAUUCAGAAAGUUGUUGUAAUCAGUAAGUAAACUAUGCAAACACAAGUUGAGCUGCUUGAAGGCUUGGCUACCUGGUAAAGUGAAGCUUCAUCUCUCUGGUGGAAAACGGGGGGAUUUUGCUCGAAACAUGCUGCAUGAAAGGGGGGAAAACAAGUUUAUUUUCUGUCUUUCAGACGAUUUUUUUUACUGCUUUGAUUUUGUCUGACAGAGUUUUUAUGGCUUUUUUGUUAAAAUCACAAAUUAAAACAAAGAAAGAGACA